AUGGUCACUGGACACUACGUACUAUGUUUCAUUCUACUUAUCCUCACCUUGGGUUUAUGUAUUGCAGCAGUGAGUACCGAUUUUUGGCUAUGUGGCAAUCUAUUUGGAUCAUGUCAAAAAACUAAUGAUCAUGAUAGAAAAGUGAUUAUCUCAUCAGUUGGUGGAUUAUUGAUAUUUGGCAGUUUUUGUAUCCUAAUCAUUAUUCUCUUAGAUAUGAUUGCAUUUUGUUCAGCGAAAUUCUCAACAAAACCUGCUUAUACAGUGUUACGCUUCUUGUUAUUGAUAUUGAGUACAUUGGCAAUAUUGAUCGGUGUUUUAUUGUAUACAGCAAUGAUUGACAGUGAUUGGUCAUAUUUUUGUGCAACUGUUGCAUCGGUCAUCAUAACUAUUGUGCUUAUAUUGACAAUGAUGUCAUCAGGAUGUGUGAAAUCCGGGAAAUGGAAAAAUCAAAUCACUUAA